GGUGGCCAGUUCUCCCUCCAAAAGGCCAGGACACAGAUGGUGCUCGCUGCACAACCACCAGAACUGUUCAACACGAGGUCCAGGAGGAGCAGUUAAGCCUGGCCUGCCCGCGCACUUGCGCUGUCACUCAACCCGGCCGCUCUCUUCAGUCUGGAGCAAGAGGUGCCACCCCGCCCGCCGCCUGCCGCCCGGAGCCGAACCGGACACUCUUGCCCUCGUCGUUUCUGGCCGGCCUGGAUGGACGCCUCGUUCCUCCUCGCCCUCGCUCUGCUGACCCAGGGCCUUGGCCUGUCCUCUGGAGCGGCUGGGCUGCAGCCCCGCACCCUGUACCCCUGGCGCCCGGCGCCUGCGCUGGGCCGUGUCCGGAGAGCCUGGGUCAUUCCGCCCAUCAGCGUGUCGGAGAACCACAAGCGGCUCCCAUACCCCCUGGUGCAGAUCAAGUCGGACAAGCAGCAGCUGGGCAGCGUCAUCUACAGCAUCCAGGGGCCUGGUGUGGACGAGGAGCCCCGGGGCGUCUUCUCCAUCGACAAGUUCACUGGGCGGGUGUUCCUCAAUGCCAUGCUGGACAGGGAGGAGACCGACCGCUUCAGGAGGGCGCCAGGCGGCACUGCCCAAGACCCACAGAGCCAGCCCUGCCCUCUGUCUGGACAGCUAAGGGCUUUUGCCCUGGACCUGGGAGGAUCCACCUUGGAGGACCCCACAGACCUGGAGAUCGUGGUUGUGGAUCAGAAUGACAACCGGCCCGCCUUCCUGCAGCAGGUGUUCACCGGUCACGUGCCGGAGGGCGCCGCCCCAGGCACCUACGUGACCAGGGCAGAGGCCACGGAUGCCGACGACCCCGACACCGACAACGCGGCGCUCCGCUACUCCAUCCUGCAGCAGGGCGGCCCCGAGCUCUUCAGCAUCGACCAGCACACUGGCGAGAUCCGCACUGUGCAAGUGGGGCUGGACCGCGAGGUGGUGGCCACGUACAACCUGACGCUGCAGGUGGCCGACAUGUCUGGAGAGGGCCUCACCGCCACAGCCUCAGCCAUCAUCUCCCUGGACGACGUCAACGACAAUGCGCCUGAGUUUACCAGGGACCAGUUGUCCAUGGAGGCUGCAGAGGCGGUCAGUGGAGUGGAUGUGGGACGUCUUGAGGUGGAAGACAGGGACCUGCCUGGCUCCCCCAACUGGGUGGCCAGGUUCACCAUCCUGGAAGGUGACCCGGACGGACAGUUCACUAUUCGCACCGACCCCAAGACCAACGAGGGCGUGCUGUCCGUGGCAAAGCCCCUGGACCAUGAGAGCCGCGAGCACUAUGAGCUCACCGUGUCCGUGCAGAAUGAGUCCCCACUGCAGGCGGCUGCCCCCCGGGCUCAGCGGGGCCAGACCACAGUCCACGUGAGGGUGCAGGAUGCCAACGAGGCCCCUGUGUUCCCGGAGAACCCACUGCGAACCAGCCUGGCUGAGGGGGCCCCCCCAGGGACCCCUGUGGCUAUCUUCUCUGCCAGAGACCCUGACACACAGCAGCUGCAAAGAAUCAGCUAUUCCAAGGACUAUGACCCUGAGGACUGGCUGCAGGUGGACGGAGCCACAGGCAGGGUCCAGACCCAGCGUGUGCUGAGCCCAGCCUCCCCCUUCCUCAAGGACGGCUGGUACCGGGCUAUCAUCCUGGCCCUGGACGACGGCUCCCCACCCAGCACCUCCACGGGCACCCUGUCCAUUGAGAUCCUGGAGGUCAACGACCACGCACCUGUGCUGGCCCCUGCGGCGCCCAGCAGCCUGUGCAGUGAGCCGGAACAGGGCCCGGGCCUCCUCUUGGGUGCCACAGACGAGGACCUGCCGCCACACGGGGCCCCCUUCCUCUUCCAGCUGAGCCCCAGGUUCCCAGAGCUCAGCCGGAACUGGAGUCUCAGCCAGGUGAACGUGAGCCACGCGCGCCUGCGGCCGCGGCACCAGGUCCCUGAGGGCCUGCACCGCCUCAGCCUGCUGCUCCGGGACUCCGGGCAGCCGCCCCAGCAGCGCGAGCAGCCGCUGAACGUGACCGUGUGCCGCUGCGGGCCCGACGGUGCCUGCCUGCCCGGGGCCGCCGCGCUGCGGGCCGGGGGCGCGGGCGUCAGCCUGGGCGCGCUGGUCGUCGUGCUGGCCAGCGCCAUCCUGCUGCUCCUGCUGGUCCUGCUGGCGGCGCUGCGCUCGCGGUUCCAGCAGCAGCCGCGGGAUAAGGGUCUACUGCACGCGCUGCAGGACGACCUUCGGGACAACAUCCUCAACUACGAUGAGCAGGGCGGCGGGGAGGAGGACCAGGAUGCCUACGACAUAAACCAGCUGCGCCACCCAACAGAACUGCCGGCGCUGAGCCUGCCCCUGGGACGGCCGCCUCUGCGCCGAGAUGCUCCCUUUGGCCACGUGCCCCCCCAGCCGCACCGGGUGCUGCCCUCCAGCCCUGCCGACAUUGCCAGCUUCAUCAGCGAUGGCCUGGAGGCUGCGGACACUGACCCCAGCGUGCCACCUUAUGACACGGCUCUCAUAUAUGACUACGAGGGGGACGGCUCUGUGGCAGGGACGCUGAGUUCCAUCCUGUCCAGCCUUGGUGACGAGGACCAGGACUAUGACUACCUCAGGGACUGGGGGCCCCGCUUUGCCCGGCUGGCAGACAUGUAUGGGCAUCCAUGAGGGCCAAGGCCAUGAGUGGGAUGUGCUGUUUGGAUGUGGCCACCUGGCCAGGGAGGGGACAUUCUCCUGGGGACACCGGUACCUGUGAAGGCCCAGCAGGCACCUGGUAGCUUGUGCAUGGCAAGGUGACUCUCCAGGGCCCGCCUCCUCUGGCCUCUUUCUCCCACGGCAGGACUGGAUUUGGGGGCAGAACCUGGAGUGUGGAGUGAGCUGCGGGAGGUGGCACCCUCCUGCUGGAGUGAGGAGAGCUGCUCAUUGUCCUCAGUGGGUCACCCCCAUCUUUGCCUCCCAUUGGUGGCCUGCACCUCUGUAUGGAAGCAAGAGCCGCAUGGGUGAAUCGGAAUUAAAAUCUUGCUAGUUUAUCCAGUGCACUCAGUGCCCAACACCACAGUAUCCACGAGGGCACCAUGGCCCCUGUCCCCAAGAAAGGGCUCUGCCAGGCAGGCUGUGCCCACAGGGAGCCGCCCACCCCCAUAUCAUCAGCUGGGGCAGAGGAAGGUGAGAGGGUCCAACCUGGCUCUGGCCAUGCUGGUGAGGCCAGAGGCCAGUCCUGCCUCACCCAGGGAGCAGCCUAAGGAAGAGUGGGCAUAUGCCCUGUUCCAUGGCUGCCUCUGUCCUGCACACCUGGUGGACAUGCCCCUGGACAAGACCCAGGUCAGCCCCCCAGGAGCAAGAGGCCUGGUGAGGACCCCCUCCUGCUGCCCACAGCCUCCCUGCCUUCACUGACAGUGAUCUUGGCAAGAACGUGUCUGCCCGGCUGUGGCAGCUCUGGCCAGCCUCUGGAUGCUCAGCUGUGGCCCUCAUCUUGGCUCACAGAGGCCACCCAGUGACAGGAGUGCUGCUGGGCUGUGGCAGCUCACUCCGAAUGAGAGGGCAGCAGUAGAGGCAGGUGGUCCUGGUGGGGACAACCAAGCAGGAGUGGGGAGCGUUGUAGGCGGUCAGCAUCCUCCAGUGACUGGGGCAGCUCCUGGCCACGGGUCUCAGGCAGCAGCAGGACACAGAGUAGGAUGAGGAUGGCCAGGGAGGUGAAGACCACGUGUUGCAGGAAGAAGCCCCGCCGGCCAUGAAUGUCAGUAAGCGGGGCAGUAGCCCGGCCCAGGAACCCGGCCCCCAGCACCAGGCCUACCCCGGCUCCCCUGUGGGAAAGAGAGUGGUGGAGUGCAACUGGGGACCCCCAUGUGCUGUGAAUCCAACCAUUCCCAGGUGCAGGAAGUGGGUGUGGCCCUUUCAGAACCUGAGGGAGGGCUACAGGAAAAGACUUGACAAACUGUGCUGGAGACUCUGCCCUGGAACUAUUUCUCAUUAGACAAUUAGAAAAUUAUUUCCCCUGAAAUCUGCCACCCUUGAAGGUUCUUCACCCCUCGCCAGCCUUCCACUUCCCUCCUGAGCUGAGCUUAGGUCCUCCUGUGGACGGUCCCAGCAAUCCAGGAGGGCAGUGCUCAAUGCUUCAUGCAGGUGAGCCGGGGGGAGAGGCCUCUGUCCACCUGACCCCUCCUCCGUGUUGCUGGGCAGCUCUGGACUCACCUGAUCACUGUGGGGAAGACCUCAGCUGCAAGCAGAACACUGAGCUCCGAUACAGCCUGGGAGGCCAGGAGCCCCAGGACAGAAAGGAACAGCGUGGUCCAGCCUGGCAGGUCUGGGGACAAACGGCAGGUCCCCGGUGCUCUCCCUCAGACCUUCUGCCCAACCCCUCAGGACCCUCCCUCCCCAAGGACCCCUCCCCUACUGGGGCAUGUGGGUCCCCAGGCCCUCACGCCCUCCUGUGCAGCCAGCUUGGAUUCUAGGGAGCCCUGCCAAAAACAGCUCAGCGACCACCUUCCUGCCCGCCCAUCUGCAGCCCCUGCUCCCGCAGUGCUCCACUUCCUUUGCAAUUCUGAGAACUGUUCCAAAACUCUGAACUUUAAACAGGGGCUCGCGUUUCCCUUCUGUGCCAGACCCCACUCACUGAGUGGUUGGUACCAGGUAGAUGACCCUCCCACAGCAGCCCAAACUGGCCUUGGCCACUCGGACGCCAGCAGAGCCUACUAGCCUGACCUCUGAGCUUUCACCUGCAGGGUGAUGUGAACAGGCGGCCAGGCCCAGGCAGGAUGGUAGUACUCAGCUGCCAUGAGGGGUCCUCUCAGUCCCUUCACUCUUUCGGACCUUGGUUUCCCCCGGUGGACGUGGGGGAAGGAGGGGUUAGGAAAGUAGGCUGGUUCUGGUACUCUGUGCCCCUCCCCACGGGCCCUGCGAUCAAGGCAGACCCUCAGCCCACACCCAGUGACCCUGUGUGGCCUGUGUGGGCCCCGAGCUCACACUGAGCCCCAGCAAGGAGCAGCAGGGAUGCCAGGCCUACAACCAUGGUGCCCAGCAGCAGGACAGGACGCCGUCCGCAGCGAUCGGCCGUCAGGAUCAGGAGAACACUGGCGGUGGCCUCCAGGCCGGCCUCCACGAAGUAGGGCAGGUAGAAGGCCUGCUCGCUUGGCACCAGGCUGCGGAGGAAACUGGCCCUGAUGCCCCCACCGACCAGCCUGGAAGGGAGCAGAGUCGUAGCCAUCAAACACCCUCCCCGGGGCGGCUGCAAACCCUGGUCCCACCCCUGUUCUUCCCCUCCUCACGAGCUGAAUCCCAGGAUGAGCCCGUUCCUCCAGGUGGCGCGGGUAUGCAGGAGCCCCAGGAUGGAAUGGUACUGGGGCUGCGUGCUGCCUGCAGACAGCACAGCAAGCUCUGGACACGGAGAUGAGGGAGCAGGUGUGAGGGGCAGGUAUCUCCGCGGCCCUCCCUCCUCCAGCACUGUCUCCCCACUACUGGCCAGUUGUUACCUGUAGCCAGGGAGUUCUCCUCUGAGGAGCUGUCCUCAGGGUUCACGCCACUAGCUUCCGCAAAGUGCCACAGGAUCCUGCUGGCUUGGGCCUCCUGCCCUGUGGCCAGAAGCCAGCAGGGAGACUCAGGGAACAGGGCUGGGAACCUGCAGGUUUUCAAGGAUGCCUGUGCCACUCACCGCCUCCAUGAUGGACCGGCAGAGGGCAGCAGCCUCCCUGGACCCAGAAGGGUUGGGACAUUGAUGUGGCUUCCUGUGCCCCUGCACUGUGGCCAGGUAGCAGAUGUGAAUGCAAGUGCAGAGAAGGUGCCCACUGGCCCCAGGGCAGCCCCUGGCCUGAUUCCUGCAGCACUCACCCCCAGAAGAGCAGCAAGAGUCCAGUCACCAGGGCGCUCAGGCCCUGCAGAAGGCGCCAGUCCUGCACCAGCAUGGCCAGCCCAGGCAGCAGCAAGGUGCCCACCACUGAGAAAAGGCCAGCCCCCAUGGAGAAGGCCAGGCGGUGUGGGGGGUCACAGAGCUCCAGGCCUGGGCAGACAAAGAUGGCCUGAGGCCGAGGCCUCUCGGAGUGCUGCUGUCUGGAGCUGGAUUUGGAGGCCAACCCUCACCAGCCCCAGCUGGGGACCCUGGAACAAGCACCAGUGGCCACUGCUUUCCUGAGGAGGGUCCUCAGCAAGUGCCAGAGUGGUUCCUGGUCUGCCCGUGGUCCCUCCCCAGGCAGCCCCGCGGAGUACUCACGAGCCACAUAAAGGGCAAGGAAGGCCCCUGCCAAGGUGCCCCCGUGGAGGAACCGCAGGGCCAGGAGGGCAUAGAAGCUGGCAGCCAGGGCUUCACUGGCUCCAAGGACUGUGGCCAGCACCAGGGAGACCACAAAAACAGCCCGGCGGCCAAACCUGGUGAUCAGGGGGGCAUGUGCUGAUGUGGGUCAGGCUGCACCCAAAGGCUGGAAGCUGGGUCAGGGAUCUGCUGCAGGGGAAGGGACAGGGUCUCACCUGUCACACCCUGUACCUAGAAGGACACAGCCCAGCAGCCAGCCCAGGAAGUGGCACAUCUGCUCCAGUGGAACCUUCCAGCUGUCUUCACACACCAGGUCCCACUGUGGGGAACACCAGCCCCCUGUGGACCCGCUCAGGACUCUCUCUUGCUGGGGGUACAAGAUGCAGGGAGCCCCAGCCCCUCUCUGAACACAAAGGGAAACUGCCACCAGAGGGCAAGGAACUUGGUAAUGUCACACAGCAGCUUCUUGGCCUAUGGUGGCCUUUGCCCAGAAUUGGAACCUCUAGUUUGAGACCCCACGUGGCAAGACAUCCACAUGCAGCCACAAGUCUGCCGUGGGGGGAUCUUCCUUCCCUAAGGUUUCUUUUCUCUAGAAGGGGCCUCCUCACCCCUCCCACCAAGACUGGCCGUUAAGUGUCCCAGCGAUACACAGGGCCUGGGGCUUAUAAAACAACCCCACAUCUGGCUAAGGAGCUUCAGCUCUGAAACAGGCUCCAAGUCCUGCCCACCCCUCUGCCCUCCCUCCACCCUGCUCCUUUCAAGAGCAGCUUCGGGAAUCGGGUGGAGCGCGUGCUUAAGGCUUUUCUUUCCAUCAGUCAAGGGCCCUCAACAGGCAGUGCAGGUUGUCUCCUCUUUCCCCUUUCCUGCCUCUUCUCCCCAAGCCUAAAAUAGUGCUCUGGGUCCUGCUGUGCUGCUUUUAUUUCAAAAUCCAACCCUUGUGAAGGCGAUGGGGCAUGAGUCCAUCGUGUGCCGGAGGAGGGAAGCAGAAACCACACCGGUGUCAGGGACCCAGCAGGCCCUCAGAGAUGUGCAACUGUUCCCUCCCACUGAGGUCACUGGGUCCAGGGUGAAGGCAGGCUGUGGGACAAAGGCUGCCAAAGGGGGUGGCAGCAGGCCAGUGGGUCUUAGCCCAGGGUGGGAAGGGUGCCCAUUCCCCAAGUGCUCUCACCCAGAACCCUGGGCUGCAGCUGGGACACAGCCUCGAGUCCUGUGCCCACACGCUCACAGAUGCAGAUAUACCUCUCAAAUGAAAGCUCCAUUCAAAACCACUUCUGUUCUGGAAAUUCAGCCCAAGCACCUACUUGGCCCAAAGCCACUGGUUGCUCAAAACGUGCCUGGAACUUAGUGAAUUCCAGGCCCUGCUUACCACCCACGCUCACCUGCUCUCACCUUCAAUCUAAAUUCUCCUCCCCGGCCACCCACCCACAGUGCUAGCCAAGAGUCCUGGUGCACCUGCUGCACCUGCAGGGCAGGAGGGCCUCCCGUGAGAACCCCAGCAAAGGCACAGGGAGGGACCCACAGCAGGGCAGAAGACCCCGAACAACCCUCGACCCCUGCCCCGCUGGGCAGACAGACCCCGAGGGCGGGCGCACCUGGGUGACGGGGCUGCGCAGCAGGCCGGCAGCGGGGAGCGUAUAGAGCCAGCCGCGAGUGCAGGGCCGCGUGCCGGAGGGCGCUGGCGCGGAGCUCGGGCGGGCGCCAGGCACCGGGUAGCGCAGGAGCAGGCAUGGGCUCGGGGCGCGCGCGGGCCCCAAGCGCGGCACGCUGGCACGGAGCAGCGCCGGCCCGCGCAGGGCACGCAGCGAGGGCGGCAGUAACGCCGGGUCUGGCCGGCAGUGGUGCGCGGGCCGCGCGGUGAGCAGCGGCUCGGAGCUCAGCGCCAGCCCCAGUGCCACGCAGGGCAGCCACGAGGCGGCGGCCAGCAGGCGCCGAGCCCGGCCGAAGCCUCCUGCAGCGCACAGCAACUGCGCCUCGCGCUCCAUCCUUCCCGGGCGCCGGGCUACCGGCGGGGCCUGGGUAG